CAGGAAACCCCGUAGCUUGGUUGUGUGUCAGUUUCGUUAGAACCCGCGGUUGAUGCCGGUGAGGAGGGGGAUGGGCGCCUCUGCGAAUGUGAAGACCCAAGACAGAAUCAGAGCCCUGUAGCUCAUAGAGCAGCAUAUACCCCAUCAUAAAUAGCGACUGUAAAUAUUUAAUACACCAAAAUAAAUGGAUUUAUUCACCGGGGAUCUAUCAUAGACACUCAAUGGAUGCACUGCACCUGAACCGGAAAGGGGAUUAAACUUUACGGCUAUGCGUGGGAGACACUAAGAAGUUUGUUCUCUACCCCUGGAGAGGGAACUACUUUUAAGGGCAAAGGAUACAGGAGACUCCGAGGCCUAUACUCAGGCCUACUGGUCGGCUGGAUUUGAUGUUGGGGUACUCCAAUGACUUUCUACUGUACAUGAAUAUACUUCGUUCGUACAAAUUUGGAAUGCCUCUUUAGGUCCCCCAUGACCGUAAGCCGUGGGCUACGGCUCGCUGGCGCCCCACCUUUGGAGUGGUCUGUUGCUGUAAUUGGGACCCUGUGAUUCCUCAUCUCACCACUCCUCCUCCCCCCCACCCCCAUCCCAUCCUGUCCCCCCUCCCCCUCCCCCCUCUUCCCCCUCUCCCACGCGCCGCUGUGCUGGACGUCAUGAGCAUAGUAAUUGCGCUGGGAGUCACCACACCUGAAACCUCUUACUCAGAUAUGGCUGCUGGAUCCGACCCUGAGUCAGUUGAAGCAAGCCCUGCCGUGAAUGAGAAAAACUUCAACAACCACAGCUGUGGGAGCGCACAGGGUCAUGGGUAUCGGGGACUACCAUAUGCUAUGCAACAGUCUUCCGUUGUGUGUUGUCAGGAUCACAACUAUGGCGCACCCCCUCCCCCCACCCCACCCGCCUCCCCGCUCUCCCAAACCAUCAUCCCCCGCAUGGAUCUCAACGGUGUGGUCCUUGGCUCCCGCUAUCAUGAAACCACUGAGGACAACUCAGCAGACAGCGACAGCUCCUCAGAGGAGGAUGGGGCCAUUGCCAGCUGGUGUCACUGCAGCCUGACGCCGGAUGGCCUGCUCGUCAAAUGUGACAACUGCAGAGGACUCGACAGGAGGAAAGGAGCAGACGGCCAACACAGGAAGACAGAAAAUGUCUCGGCUGGAGAAAGCAGUGCCACAGAGAGUGGUGAUGAAGAGGUGUCGCCCUCCACCAUCUCCUAUACCGCCACCCAGCAUACACCCACCAGCAUCAAACUCACUGUCAACCGGGUCAAAAGGAACAAAUCCAAAAAGAGGAAGAAGAGCACAGAGAAGGCUCGGGGAACACCGAAAGGCAAAAAAGUCAAGGCUUUCAGAGAGGGUUCAAGGAAGUCCAUGAGGAUGAAGAACUCAACAACAGAAGCCAGCGUGCUGGAUGAGAACACAGCGGAGGGCUGGGAGAGUAGGAUCCGCCAGUGGACAGACCAGUACGAGGAGGCUCUUGCGAACCAGUACAGCGCUGAUGUCCAGACACUGAUGCAGCUCCACCGUGCUGCCAGCACCACCGCAUCAAAGACCGAGAGCGGCACCACAACACCUCCCUCCACCACACAGAUUCACACCUCAGUUGAUGCCAUGGACACCAUCAACCGCACUGAGCUGGCCUGUAACAACACGGUGCUGGGCUCACAGAUGCAGCUCCAGUUGGGGCGGGUAACACGGGUGCAGAGACACAGGAAGAUCCUCAGAGCAGCCAAGAACCUGGAACCAGACACACUCAUCAUUGAAUAUCGGGGAAAGGUCAUGCUCAAACAACAGUUUGAAGUCAACGGGCACUUCUUUAAAAAACCCUACCCCUUUGUGCUGUUUUACUCAAAAUUUAACGAUGUAGAGAUUUGUGUUGAUGCACGUACCUUUGGAAAUGACGCACGUUUCAUCAGGAGGUCCUGUACACCCAACGCUGAGGUCCGGCACAUGAUUGCUGAGGGUAUGAUCCAUCUGUGCAUCUACGCUGUCAGCCAAAUCACAAAGGACACUGAGGUCACCAUUGGAUUUGACUACGAGUUCAAUAGCUGUAAUUACAAAGUGGACUGUGCCUGCCAUAAGGGCAACCACAACUGCCCAGUGCAAAAGCACAACCUGAGCCCCAGAGAGAGCUUCCUGUGCCCCCCCUCCCUGCUGCCUCCCUCUCCUUUGGUUGGUGCUGAGACACGGCGGAGAAAGGCUCGGAGGAGGGAAAUGGAGGGCUGCCGGGUCAGCGAUAGCAACCAGACCCCUGAUGAGCAGCAGGAGGCCAAAGAACUGCAAGGGACAAGUGAUGCAGAGGAGAGACUGCUGGAUGAGUUGAAGGUGGAAGAGGGAGAGGAGGGUGAGGUGGAUGAAAAUGGGGUCACCAUCUCCAGUAAAAGAACAUUUAACAGCCUGGAAAGGAGGCGAAGGAAAGUGGGAGGAACAGAGCUAAAGGAGGAUGGAGUGGAAACUGAGGAGGGGGCAGGAAACCCAACAGGGAACACUGCGCCACCCCACGGCACUGGAGUUGGGGUCAGCACACGACGUACUUCCUAUGUCAUGGAAGCGUCAUCUAUAGAAGAAAAGACGUCAUUACCCUACCCUCCUACCCCAGUUGCUCCCCCAAAACCUGCAAGACCUACCAAGCCUCGGCCGAAAAGUCGGAUCUCUCGGUACCGGUCAAGCUCAUCGCAACGGGCCCGGCGGCAGCGUCAAGCCCUCGCCCAGCAGGCAGCGGCAGCUGCUGCGGCCGCGGCGCUGACGGCAAUGCCGUCAUCAGCUGAGCAAGGGGCUGCACUGGACGAGGAGGGAUCUCAAGGUCCAUAUAGUGGCGAACAGGGCCACGGAGAGAGUGGUCUGGGGGGUCAUGUACUAGAUGGAGAAGGUCAGGGUCUAAACUGCAUAAAUAGAGGCAAUUUGCGCUACCCCAAAACCAAGAAGUACCUUGUGACCGAGUGGCUGAAUGACAAGAUCCCUGGCGGGGAGAAGGUCCAGCAAGAGGUGCCUGUUGAGCGCCCGCUGCGGAUAACCACUGACCCUACGGUGCUAGCCACCACCCUCAAUAUGCUGCCAGGCCUCUCCCACUCAUCGCUCAUUUGCACCACACCCAGACACUACGUCCGCUUCGGCUCCCCCUUCAACCCAGAGAGACGUAGGCCCCGCCCACUCCAAAUGGACGGCACUUACGGCUGCUACAAAAAGAGAUGGAUAAAGCAGGUGGAGGAUGAAAGCUUUUCAGCCAGUAUGGAGGACGGCACAGAGUCCACCUCCUCCCAGCAAAGUACCAGUAGCAGAUCCACCCCCAACCCCCUGUCCAGUGAGCUCAAUGCCCCGUUUAAAAAGCGUCUCUCGAAGUGUAUGGCAGAGACGACACCAGCACCCCCAGACAACCUGCUUCGCCCGCUGUCACCCAUCACACCGCCACUCCCAGAGGACUCCCUCCACCCGCUGCUCCACACCCCCUGUGGCUCCUUGCUGCCCAAUGGCCUGACCUACUCACCCAUGCCCUCGCUGCCAGCAAGCCGCUGCAACACACCGCUGCAAUUUGAAAACAUAUCAUCCCCUGAGGCUUCUCCUGUUCACCGGCCAGAGUCCAUCUCACCUGAGCCAUGUCUUCAGACAGACUUUGAAGUCCACCGGCCUCAGUUUCCAGACCUUUCACUCCCCUCCAGCUUGGAGAGCCCUGUGGCCAUGACCUCAGACGACCUGUCCCUACCUGGAUGCACCUCAGGCCCAGAUUCCCAGGGUCCAGUAACUGCAGGGACCAGCUCCCUAAACCCUGUGUCCUGUCCUUCCUCCGACCUAAACCCUCAAAACAGGGAGCAGGCCUUCAGGACAGAGUUCAACCUCAUAUACACUUGCUCGCCCCUCAAUGCAAACUUGGGGAACUCCCUGGCCCCCGACUGCCGCCAAUCCCUGUCAGAAGGAGGCUUUUCCCCUGCAGAGUCCUUUCACAGUUCCAUAAGUGGCCAGGGGUUGAUGGGAGAUAUGGGCCCUGGCUCCAUGUCACCCUACGGUGAGCCUCAUUACGGGGGAGGCUAUCCAGACAGUGGCACACCUCCUCACACCAGCAACCCACCCCAAAAGAGGAAGAGGGCCAACCAGCAUGCCAUUAGUCUGCUGACAGGGAAGCCAGAUUACCAGGCUAUAGCUGUAAGAAGUGAAUACAAGCCAGUACAAAAUAUGGUGUCUUUGCUGGAGUACCGUAAAAGGAAACAGAGCAGCGGUCGCGACACAGAGCCCGUCAGCAGCAGCAGCUCCUCUCUGGGAGGCACCCCCAUCCAGCCCGGCUCCCAUUACAGCCAGGACUCCCAUCAUGUCCAUUCCCAUCUGCAGAUGCAGCCCGCCGCCUCCCCACACAGCUCCUACUCCUCCUCAGUGCACACCAACCCCAUCCCACACAUAGAGGAGGUCAGUCCUCCGGACCACCAGGUCCCAUCAGGGCAGCCCAGGCGCCAGGACAACCAGUGGAUGGUUCCCACUACUGUCGAACGUCUCAGGGAGGGCCAGGGUGUUCUCGAGCGAGUGCUAAGAAGCAUCAAGAUGGAGCGGAUCUACAAGAUGAGUGACGGUUCGACAGAGAAGGAAUUUGAUGCAGAUCGAUAUGAGAUGCAGGCAGCGUCCAUGGCUUCUCCCAUGAAGAGUCCACACAGAUACAGUCCCUCUGUGUACUCACACCAGUCAUCAGAAAGCCACCGGCAGACCGACAGCCCGUCGCUCCGCCAGCAGACCUCCACCUCUCCAUUCCGGGGUUCCUACAGUCCCUCAUCUGGCCAGAGCUUCUACGCUCGCCACUCCUCCCACCCUGGACUGUCCCAGGACCACCCUCCAUCCUCCUACCCCAGUCAUUCCCCUACCCCCACCUCAUCCUCAGACUCCAGGCCACCAGCAGGGUCUCUACACCAGCAGAGUGGCAGCGGUAAUGUGGACAGAGGCCACGGCUAUGGCAGCAGCCACUUAAAAGCAAGCCUUUUGGACAGCAGUGUCCUGACAGGGGCCCCCUCCCCGGGAUCCAGGGCCCAUGGGCAGACUAAAAUAGACUCCAGCACCCUGACUUCCAGAGGGGGUCAGCAGCAGACGUCCCGAAGCCUGAAGUCAGGUAGCCCAGGCCAGGCAACGCUGCAGGCCAGCUCCAGGCUGCUGUCGGCCUCGGGACCGACACACUACCCACAGCGAGGGACAGGCCUCAGCCAGUUCCAGCACUCCCCCCUCCAGGGACCGGGAGUAAGGACACAGUCAGGAAGCUUUUAGGACCUUGUUCAAGUGUGUUUGUGUGCGUGCGUGUGAGUGUGUAUGAAGCUGCGCACCCCCUCAACCCCUGAAGCUGUGGUGAAAUGGGGCUCAGGGAGCGUGACAAGGGUAAAUGUACAGACCUAAGAGGAGCAAGGACUUCUUUACGGAUUUCUCCUUUUUUUAUUUUCUGCGUUUUCUUUCCUUAUUUUCAGAAAAAACAAACAAACGACCACAUUCUGCACAAAGCUAAUCAUUGACUUUGGACAUCAUUAUGGAAUCAGUGGAAAAGCGAUUUGGAUGACUGACACACACACACACACACACACACACACACACACACACACACACACACACACACACACACACACUCACACUCUCUCUCUCUCACACUGACACACACUAAAUUGUCCCCAGUGUUCCAGGACUGUGCAAACAAGCUUUCUAAUGUCAGAAAGUAAAAAACCUCCACAUAAAUGUACAAAGUUAUAAAAAGCCGUACCUGUUGUCAUGCACCCAGGUUGGAUUAAUGCUGAGAUAUGAGUCUGUGUUGCAGUAAGUAAGUGUUUGAUUUGGAAAAGUGGGGAAAUGAUGCAAGCCGAGGCAACGUGUUAAUCAUCUGUUCUAGAGAUACGAUAGAGCGAUGGGGAGGAGGGGCGUUUCCUUUUAUUGGGUCAUUCCAUAUGAUUACCAGCUUCCAUGUUCUUUCACUAAACAUGAAACAAUUCUGUUUGGGUUGUUUUUUUCAUUCUCUCCAGUUCUCUCAUCCCCACUGGACUGUUUUUGAUUCACUUUAGGACUGAUCCACUGUAGACUUCUGUUAUUGUACUUGAGACAUACAGGUCUUAUGAUUCAUGGUGCUGCAUUCUUGUUUUUGUUUUGUUUUUUGUUUUUGUUUUCCAAUAAAUUUGAAAUCCAGUUA